AUGUUGAUUUUAGCAGUGGCAAUAAAAAAGAAGUCCAAAGUCCCGGGUGUCAUGAUCACACAGUAUGUGGAGGAACUUCCAGAAGGAAAAAGCAGUCCAGAUUUCAUCCGCAAACCCAUCGCCUUGACUAUUCAGGAAGGUAAACUAGCCAUUUUCAAAGCGGUGGUCAGUGGAGAUCCUAAACCAACUGUAAUAUGGACAAGAAACACGGGAGACAUGUCAGACCCAGAAAAAUACCAGAAUUUCUACAAUGAAACGGAUGAUGAAUACACCAUACAGAUACCCAGUGUAUCACCAGACCAAGAAGAUACCUACAAAUGCUUUGCAACCAAUGAGUUUGGAAGAGCAAUCUGCACUGCCAGACUGAAUGUUAUUAAAGGUAAGAAACGACAACAUAUGGUUUUGGCUCCUAAAGCAGAGGAUCCAGCAAAGUUCAGAAAACUGCUGAAGACUAGGGCUAUAAAAUCUAAAGCAGAGCCGAAGAAGGAAGGGGAAAUAGACCCAAAAUUCUGGGAGAUUUUACUGAGUUCAGAAAAAAAAGACUAUGAACGCAUCUGUUUUGAGUUUGGUGUCACAGACUUCCGCUGGAUGUUGACAAAACUAAAUCAGAUAAAAAAAGAGAGAGAAAAAGAGCAAGCAGAGUUUAUCGAGAACCUUUCCAAGCUGAAACAUAUUGAGAUUAAACCAAACGGUUUAGCAGAGUUUGAAUUUUCCAUGGAUCUAAAGAGCCCUCACCAUCAAGUUUUCCUCUACAAGGAUGGGGAAUUGGUUCCUCUUAGCAGUGACAAAGAUUCCAAGCACCACCUGAAGAAGAUGGGCAGGAAAUACGUGUUCAGCAUCAGGGACCUUACCCAAAACGAUGCUGGGUUGUACCAAGUUUUAGUUGAGGAUGCCACCGUCUUCUCUACUGACUUCAAGAUUAUCCCCGUCGAGUUCAUCGUCAAAAUACAGGAGGUGAAGGCGAAAGAGAGAGAGGAUGCGGCCUUCGAGUGCGUCCUCUCUCACCCCUUCCCAAAGAUCUUAUGGAUGGGCAAGAACAAGCCCCUGGAACAAGGGGAAAAGUUUGACAUCACCGUGUCCGAGGACAAGCUGACCCACAGGCUGGUGGUGAAGGACUGCAUGCAGGUGGACAAGGGAAUCUAUGCGGCCGUGGCUGGCAUUAAGUCCUGCAGUGCCUGGCUCAUAGUGGAAGCUGACAACGACCCACGUAUGCGUGGGAAAAAGAAAGCCCGGAAGACCACGUGUGCCGUAGGAGGCGGAUCCGGGCUGGUGGAGAAAGUUCCAGAGCAGCCAGUCAGAAAGGAGCCUGUGGCUGUGACUGUGGCCCCUGAGCCUGUGGCUGUGGCCCCUGAGGUCAACACGGGCAGUGGAGACGGAGGGGCCGGGGAAAGAUCGGAUCUCAUGAAUGGGUCAGGGCUGGAUGCCACAGAGGGUGACGGAUUGGGGGGGACUAGCAAUGGCCCACUGGAUGCAGAUAUGAUCAUAUCUCCUAGGGCUCAUUUCGUCAGCGGGUUAGAAGACACCACCACCCUUAAGGGCCAGUCAGUGGAGCUGGUCUGUGAGCUCAGCACUGAGAACUUCACUGGUACCUGGUACAAGGACGGAAAGCUGCUGUCCUCUAAAGAUGGAGUCACAAUAAAGAAAGACGGAGCCCACCACAAGCUGCUAAUCAGUAACUGCCAGGAUGACCACGCAGGGAAAUAUCGACUUGAGGUCGACGGGUGCAAAACAGAAGCGAUGCUCACUGUUCAAGCUCCUAGGGCUCAUUUCGUCAGCGGGUUAGAAGACACCACCACCCUUAAGGGCCAGUCAGUGGAGCUGGUCUGUGAGCUCAGCACUGAGAACUGCACUGGUACCUGGUACAAGGACGGAAAGCUGCUGUCCUCUAAAGAUGGAGUCACAAUAAAGAAAGACGGAGCCCACCACAAGCUGCUAAUCAGUAACUGCCAGGAUGACCACGCAGGGAAAUAUCGACUUGAGGUCGACGGGCGCAAAACAGAAGCGAUGCUCACUGUUCAAGCUCCUAGGGCUCAUUUCGUCAGCGGGUUAGAAGACACCACCACCCUUAAGGGCCAGUCAGUGGAGCUGGUCUGUGAGCUCAGCACUGAGAACUGCACUGGUACCUGGUACAAGGACGGAAAGCUGCUGUCCUCUAAAGAUGGACUCACAAUAAAGAAAGACGGAGCCCACCACAAGCUGCUAAUCAGUAACUGCCAGAAUGACCACGCAGGGAAAUACCGACUUGAGGUCGACGGGCGCAAAACAGAAGCGAUGCUCAUUGUUCAAGACCCACCCAAACUCGACGCAGAUGCCCUGGCUGAAUUCUCAAAGCCUGUUGUUGUGAGAGCUGGUGAGAAGGCAACCUUCAAGAUGACUUUUGUGGGUCGCGACCCAAUGAAAGUGCAGUGGUACAAGGAUGAUGAGGAGCAGCUGGAUGGUUUAAACGUAAAGCGUGAGAUAACGGACCAGCAGAGUCGUCUACUUCUCAGCAAGUGCCAGCGCAAAGACAGUGGAGAGGUCAAGAUCAAGAUCAAGAAUGAGUUUGGAACCAUUGAGGCUAAAUCUAGACUUAUUGUCUUGGACAAACCAACACCACCACAAGGUCCAGUGGAUGUGCUGGAAAACUCUGCCAACUGCAUCGAGUUCAAGUGGAGACCCCCGAAGGACGAUGGCGGUUCUCCAGUGACUAAUUACAGCCUGGAGCAUCAGCAGGUGGGGCGCAACACCUGGAAGAAGAUAGGGAUUGUCCCCAAAGACCCUCCCAGCUACAGAGACACGGAUGUGGAACAUGGGAGAAGGUACUGCUACCGUAUCAGAGCGGUUACAGCAGAGGGCGAUAGCCAGCCAUUGGAGACUGAAGACAUCAUGGCUGGCACUAAGGCAUACCCGGGUCCACCAGCUGCACCUAAAGUGGUCAGUGCUUUCAAGGACUGCAUUAACCUCUCAUGGGUCGCCCCAACCAACACGGGAGGAACCGCCAUUGUGGGCUACAACCUGGAGAAACGCAAGAAGGGCAGCAACCUGUGGAGCCUGGUGAACCCAGCUGGAGAGCCCAUCAAAGAGAAUAAGUGUGCUGUCGAAGAUGUUGUUGAAGGAAUGGAGUACCAGUUCAGAGUGGCGGCAAUAAACUUAUCUGGGGCUGGGGAACCUAGUCCCCCAUCAGAAACUGUAAUUGCAAGAGACCCCAAAAAACCUCCUGGUAAAGUUAUGGACCUAAAAGUAACAGACUCCAGCUACACCACACUGUGCCUGGCCUGGUCCAAGCCUCACGAAGAAGAGGGUGUCCAAGAUGAAGCCAAAGGAUACUUUGUGGAGAUCAGACCAAUAGAGAGUCAAGAGUGGACUCGCUGUAAUACCAAUGCCAUCACAAUGACCAGCUACACCAUAAAGCAUCUGAAGUCAAUGGCCAUGUACUGGGUCAGGGUGAUAGCCACCAAUGACGGGGGAGAGGGGGAGCCCCAAGAACUGGACAACUACAUCCUGGCCAUGCCUCCUCCUGUGAGGCCAAGAUUCACAGAUUCAAAAAUGAAGACUUUCAUGGUGGUCAGAGUGGGAAAUUCUGUGAGAGUCAACAUAAACUUUGAGGCUUCGCCAAUGCCAGACAUAAUUUGGCUGAAGGACGGGAUGUCCGUGUCUCAGCGAGUAACCGUUAGCAACACUGAGACAGGAUCCCGCCUCCUGAUUCCCACUUCAGAAUACUCCGACACAGGGAUCUACACCAUCAUUGUCAAGAAUAUAGUCGGCCAGGAAACCUUCAGCAUCGAGAUCAGAGUUACAGAUGAACCCAAACCGCCAGGACCUGUGGAGCUCAAGCAGAACGUUGCUGGAACCGUGACUCUGUCCUGGACACCGUCUCCGGAUGAGAAACGGGACGACCGGCUCCACUACACGGUAUCCAAGCGUGACCCAUUCAAACGGGCCUGGGAGAUGGUCGCCGACCAUCUCUUCAACAACAAAUUCACUGUCUGCAACAUUGUGCCUGGCCAGGAGUACUACUUCAGAGUCUACGCUAAGAACGACAUCGGUCUCUCUUUGCCUUCCAAAUCGCCAGUCUGGGGAGACAAAAAGACAAGAGAGAAGUUCACAGUAAUCAUUCCCUCAUCUGACGUCUGCAACACUGAGAAAUCGCCAUCCUUUCUCGUCCCGCUGAAGAUCCGCGAAGCUCUGCAAGGCUACGAAUGCUACAUGAGCUGUGCUGUUCAGGGCGACCCCGCACCCCACGUCACAUGGUACAGAGACAACGUCAGCCUCAACACCAACACCAACUACUACAUCACCAACACCUGCGGCGUGUGCUCCAUGCUAAUCCUCAGAGUCGGGCCCCAUGAUUCAGGAGAGUACAAAGUCAUCGCCGAAAACCAACUGGGGCGAGCGGAGUGCUCCACCAAACUCACCAUCAGAGAGUAA